AUGGGCUUUUGUAGGAAGCUUUUGCAAAUUUUUGUAGUGAUGAUAAUAUUUGCAAUAUUUGUGGCAGCAGCAACAACAGCAUCAACUAUUGGCAAGCCGGGCUGCCCCAGCGAGUGUGGAGGUGUAGAAAUUCCAUACCCAUUUGGGUUGAAUGAGGACUGCUACCUUGAUGAGAAUUUCAAUAUCACUUGUGACUCUGGAACACCAAAGAGAGGUGAUGUCCCUGUAACAAACAUAUCCAUUGAGACUCAUGAGUUGCAUGUCUUGCAAUUUGUAGCCAAUGACUCUUACGAUCCGGAGGGUGAACGUAUAAGCCACAACGAUGCUUGGUUUUGGGCAGCCCAGUACACCAUUUCCAACAGCAAAAAUAAGUUCACUGUUAUUGGCUGUGACACUUACGGAGACCUCAGUGGGUACCAAAACGGAGAACAGUACACAAUCGGGUGCUCAUCUCGAUGCACUAGCCUUAACAAUGUGAUCGAUGGGUCUUGCUCUGGCGUUGGGUGUUGCGAGGUAGUGUUUCCGGAUGGACUCAAAAAUAUUUAUGUGUCUGUAUACAGCUAUAAUAAUUACACCAGCAUAUCGGACUUCAUGAAUUCUUGCGGCUAUGCUUUCGUUGUCGAGAAAGACAAGUUCAACUUCUCCUCCAGUUAUCUCAAGGCGGGUCUACCCAACAUAGAGGUUCCAAUGGUGCUUGAUUGGGUAGCUGGAAACGAGACAUGCGAAGAAGCUCAUAAAAAACCCAAUUUCGCAUGUCAGGACAAAAAUAGUGAAUGCCUCGACAACCUCCAAACCUGGCAGGGAUACCGUUGCAAGUGCAAGCAGGGUUACCAAGGGAACCCAUAUCUCCAUGGGGGUUGCGAAGACGUUAACGAAUGUAAGGAUUCAAAACUCAAUAAUUGCAUGAAAUUAAUGUGUAUCAACAUGGAAGGAAAUUAUACAUGUGGUUGUCCCAAGGGGUACCAUGGAGACGGAAGAAAAGAUGGUGAAGGUUGUGCUGCGGAACCCGCACCACUGGCGAUUAAGAUUCCCAUUGUUAUUGGCUUAAGCUUUGUUGCCAUGCUUGUGGUUGGCUCUUGGCUGUACUUAGUCCACAAGAAAAGAAAACUUAUCAAGCUUAAAGAAAGCUUCUUUCGACAGAAUGGGGGUUUGAUUUUACAACAGCAGCUGAGCAAACAACAAGGAUCCAGGGAAACAGCCACAAUAUUUACCGUAGAAGAAUUGAAGAAGGCUACAAAUAACUAUGAAGAAAAUAGGAUCAUUGGCCAAGGAGGUUUUGGUACAGUCUACAAAGGAUUUUUACCUGAUAAAAGGAUUGUUGCCAUCAAGAAGUCCAAGACAGUUGAUCAAAACCAGAUUGACCAAUUUGUUAACGAGGUUGUUUUGCUCUCACAAAUUAACCAUAAGAAUGUAGUCAAACUAUUGGGCUGUUGUUUAGAGACACAAGUUCCUUUGCUAGUCUAUGAAUUUGUCCCAAAUGGUACGCUCUUCAACUAUAUACAUAGUAAAAGCAAGGCAUCCACCUUACGAUGGGAAACUCGUCUAAGAAUAGCUGCAGAAACAGCCGAUGCACUAUCGUAUCUACACUCUGCAGCUUCGACGCCUAUAAUCCAUAGAGAUGUCAAGUCCUCAAACAUAUUGCUUGAUGAUGAUUUCAUUGCAAAAGUCUCUGACUUUGGAACUUCAAGAUUGGUUCCCCGAGAUCAAAAGGAAUUGGCUACUGUAGUGCAAGGAACUCUUGGAUACUUGGAUCCUGAAUACUUACAAACGAACCAGUUGACGGAAAAAAGUGAUGUCUAUAGCUUUGGAGUGGUCCUCGUGGAGCUACUAACAGGAGGAGAUGUGCUUUCAUUCAAUCGGUCUGAAAAUGAAAGAAGUCUAGCUAUGUAUUUUCUUUCUUCCUUAAAAGAAGAUCGAUUGUUUGAAGUUCUUGAGAAACAUAUACUUGAAGGAGGACAUAAGGAGCAAAUUAAGGAAGUUGUUGAACUUGCAAAGAGGUGCUUAAGAGUGAAGGGGGAUGAGAGGCCUACUAUGAAGGAAGUGGCAAUGGAAUUAGAAGGAAUAAGAAAGACGGAGACACAUUCGUGGGUUAGUGUUCAAUCAAAUCUAGAAGAUGCUGAACACUUGCUUGGCGAGACAUCUCUCACUUUCAAAUACGGUGGAAUACCGUCAACUAUUGGCAAGCCGGGCUGCCCCAGCGAGUGUGGAGGUGUAGAAAUUCCAUACCCAUUUGGGUUGAAUAAAGACUGCUACCUUGAUGAGAAUUUCAAUAUCACUUGUGACUCUGGAACACCAAAGACAGGUGAUGUCACUGUAACAAACAUAUCCAUUGAGACUCAUGAGUUGCAUGUCUUGCAUUUGGCAGCCAAUGACUCUUACUAUACUUCGUUUUGGGCAGCCCAGUACACCAUUUCCAACAGCAAAAAUAAGUUCAUUGUUAUUGGCUGUGACACUUACGCACACCUCAGUGGGUACCAAAAGGGAGAACUGUACACAAUCGGGUGCUCAUCUCAAUGCCCUAGCCUUAACAAUGUGAUCAAUGGGUCUUGCUCUGGCGUUGGGUGUUGCGAGAUAGGGUUUCCGGAUGGACUCAAAAAUAUUGAUGUGACUGUAUACAACUAUUAUAAUUACACCAACGUAUCGGACUUCAAUUCUUGUGGCUAUGCUUUCGUUGUCGAGAAAGAAGAGUUCAACUUCUCCUCCAAUUAUCUCAAGGCGGGUCUACUCAACAAAAAGGUUCCAAUGGUGCUUGACUGGGUAGCUGGAAACGCGACAUGCGAAGAAGCUCAUAAAAAACCCAAUUUCGCAUGUCAGGACAAAAAUAGUGAAUGCCUCGACGACCUCCAAACCUGGCAGGGAUACCGUUGCAAGUGCAAGCAGGGUUACCAAGGGAACCCAUAUCUCUAUGGGGGUUGCGAAGAUGUUAACGAAUGUAAGGAUUCAAAACUCAAUAAUUGCUUGAAAUUAAUGUGUAUCAACAUGGAAGGAAAUUAUACAUGUGGUUGUCCCAAGGGGUACCAUGGAGACGGAAGAAAAGAUGGUGAAGGUUGUGCUGCGGAACCCGCACCACUAAAGAUUAAGAUUCCCAUUGUUAUUGGCUUAAGCUUUGUUGCCAUGCUUGUGGUUGGCUCUUGGCUGUACUUUGUCCACAAGAAAAGAAAACUUAUCAAGCUUAAAGAAAGCUUCUUUCGACAGAAUGGGGGUUUGAUUUUACAACAGCAGCUGAGCAAACAACAAGGAUCUAGGGAAACAGCCAAAAUAUUUACCGUAGAAGAAUUGAAGAAGGCUACAAAUAACUAUGAAGAAAAUAGGAUCAUUGGCCAAGGAGGUUUUGGUACAGUCUACAAAGGAUUUUUACCUGAUAAAAGGAUUGUUGCCAUCAAGAAGUCCAAGACAGUUGAUCAAAACCAGAUUGACCAAUUUGUUAACGAGGUUGUUCUGCUCUCACAAAUUAACCAUAAGAAUGUAGUCAAACUAUUGGGCUGUUGUUUAGAGAUACAAGUUCCUUUGCUAGUCUAUGAAUUUGUCCCAAAUGGUACGCUCUUCAACUAUAUACAUAGUAAAAGCAAGGCAUCCACCUUACGAUGGGAAACUCGUCUAAGAAUAGCUGCAGAAACAGCCGAUGCACUAUCAUAUCUACACUCUGCAGCUUCGACGCCUAUAAUCCAUAGAGAUGUCAAGUCCUCAAACAUAUUGCUUGAUGAUGAUUUCACUGCAAAAGUCUCUGACUUUGGAACUUCAAGAUUGGUUCCCCGAGAUCAAAAAGAAUUGGCUACUGUAGUACAAGGAACUCUUGGAUACUUGGAUCCUGAAUACUUACAAACGAAUCAGUUGACGGAAAAAAGUGACGUCUAUAGCUAUGGAGUGGUCCUCGUGGAGCUACUAACAGGAGGAGAUGUGCUUUCAUUCAAUCGGUCCGAAACUGAAAGAAGUCUAGCUAUGUAUUUUCUUUCUUCCUUAAAAGAAGAUCGAUUGUUUGAAGUUCUUGAGAAACAUAUACUUGAAGGAGGACAUGAGGAGCAAAUUAAGGAAGUCGUUGAACUUGCAAAGAGGUGCUUAAGAGUGAAUGGGAAUGAGAGGCCUACUAUGAAGGAAGUGGCAAUGGAAUUAGAAGGAAUAAGAAAGACGGAGACACAUUCGUGGGUUAGUGUUCAAUCAAAUCUAGAAGAGGCGGAACACUUGCUUGGCGAGACAUCUCUCACUUUCAAAUACGGUGAAAGUAGCAGUACAACGGCUACAUAUGACAGCGUGAAUGACCAUGUCACAUUAGCCUUGGGGGGUGGCAGAUGAAUGUGGCGCCCUUCAUGCAUUUUUUCUUAAUGCAAUUUCCCGUUUUAUUAUCCUAAAAAUAAAGGCAGGGAGAAAAAUAAUGACAUUCCUACAGGAAGAAUAGGUUAAAUAUUAUAGACAAAGUACGUCAAUUAAUGUGUUUAGUUUAUUUGGUUACUGCAAUAUUUCGUUUUAAGUUUAUUGUAAGA